GUAGAUAAGGUGACUGAAGAGGCAAUUGCUAUGGUUGUAGAACCAAAACCAAUGGCAUCUUCAUCUUCCAUAAUAUCUUCUUCUCUCCUCCUUCCCUCCAGAGCUCCAAUAAAUCAUCGAAACCAACAACUAACUCUUUUCAAUAAUCGUAAUGCUACAAAUUUCAAGAACCGGGUCUCCUUCAGAGUCCAAGCUGCAAAGCUUCCUGCUGGAGUAGAACUGCCGAAAGCAGAGCCAAAAUUCAGAGCCCCUUUUUUUGGUUUCACAAAGACAGCUGAAACUUGGAAUUCUAGAGCUUGUAUGAUUGGACUUAUUGGGACUUUCAUUGUAGAAUUGAUAAUAAAAAAGGGGAUAUUGCAGGUAAUUGGUGUGGAUAUAGGCAAAGGUCUUGAUAUUCCACUGUGAUCAUUUAAUCUGGAUAUAUACAUACAUUCGUACAUGUAUAUAUAUUUAUAUAUGUAUGCUUGAAUGUAUGUAACUCAUGUGAGCAGUCUAUUGUUCAUUACAGGAGCUAUAAUUGUAAUUUAACUCUGUAUUGUACCCUUAAACAGUGUAUUUGUAUUUGAUGUUUUGACUGAAA